AUGCGCUUGACCAUCCUCGCCUCUCCAAGCGAGUGUAUCAGUUUUCUUGCUGGGCACCCUGAGAAGGACAUUAUAUGUGUCGGCACGGUCCGUCACGGCCUCUACGUCACUUCUCUCACGAAUCCUGUACUGACGGAGGCAACAAAGCUACCGCGCUCGGUGACCGGUGACUGCACAUACGGUGCCGCUUUCCUUUUCACGGAAGAAGUGAACUAUUUGGCAUUCUCGUCGCUGCUGCACAGUCGACCGUUUGACCAAACACCGAACCGGCUCUCGCUUUGGAAUAUCGACACGAAGGCGCUUCUCUGGCGUGGUGCCAUGGAACCCCUGCAGAGUAUGUGCAGUCUCGUCUUCGACCUCUCCUUCGCUGCCUGUAGCGCUGGAAAGGUUGGCUUGUUUAGCGUGCAGACCACAGCCCCUUCCACUUCUGGCAACGCAGAGGCACCUGCUGACGUUCAGGAUUCCAAGCACAGAGAGCGCAAUCGCGUGAUGGUGCUGAGUCGACACUGCAGCACCGUAGAGGAACUGCACGGCGCUGAAUACACGUGUUGCGUGGCGAGUCCGGUGGAAGGAGAGGAUACCUACCUGGCGCUGACAAGCAGCGGCUUUCUGGUUGCCUUCAACAGCUCUACUGGAUCAGUGGUGCGAUGGAUGGACUGCAAGGUACCAUCCGCCACGGCGCUGUGUUGUAUUGGUAAGGAGAGCCUCAUGCUGACCGGUGCCAUCGCGCGCCUCUUUCAGGCGGAGACGUGGGAGUUCCAGGGCAAAGUGAAGUGGCAGGACGCCCUCGCUACCACCUCUAUAGGCGGAGGUGGCGGCGGCAGUGUAGUCGGUACGACCAAUGAGGCCCACGAGGACGCCACUGGUGCUCCUGCGAGCGGAACUCAUGUCUUCACAAGUGGGGCCGGCGCAGGCAAUGGCGUGCUAGCCCUCUUCCUCCAAGAAGGUGUGUUUGCUCUCUACUCGAUGGAGCCGAAGGUGGGGACGCAGCGUAUGGGACUGCAUCGCCUUUCCAUCUUCACGCCGCCACCCUUAGGGCCCGCGGAGCCGGCUGAGGUCUGGUACAUGAACUCAGCACUCUGGUGCUGGUGGACCCCACAGGCGCUCAUGUUUGUCUCCCCUCCUGGCUGCUCACUGAUCAGCGCUUUGGGCGCCAUUUCUACCUGCGCGACGCUGCAUCCUGCCACUGGUGCUGUGGUGCUGUUCGACACGGCGCGCCACGCUCUCGUUGCUUACGGUUGUGGACCAGGGAUACCUGUGGAACUGGGCAGUGCAACUGCGGACGCAAGUGAACGCGUCCUCAGCCUUACCAGCUCUCCCACCGGCGAUGUCGUGUAUGCGCUGACGACGUCGACAGCCGCAGGGGGGACGAGUGGGUACUCGGAGCUGCGGCUUCGUCGCUACCGAUGCUGUUGGGCACAGGCACCGAAGGAUGGGAGCGGCAGUGGCAGCCGUGUUCUCCAGCUGGAGAGGAUCAAGACCGCCUACCCUGCCUCGGUGCCUGCUAGCACGCAUGCUUUAGUGGUGUAUAGUAGCUGCGAUGUAGCCUCAUCGGGACCUGAGUCCACAGCCACUGAUGCGGACCGAGUCGUGGCGGUACAGCGCGCGUCCAUUACCGCGCUCGGCUGUAGUACGACAACGACCGACCGCGUAUCCGCCAUGCCUACGUAUAUGCAUGCGGAUGUCAUUCACCAAGUGGUACCGUGCCAGGGUGGUCUCGUCGUGGCUGGCGCGGCCACCUCCGCAUAUGUGCAGCUCAGGGGUGGGUCGAGAUGGGUUAUGAGGUCGCUCGCAGAGCCACCACCUGCACAGGCGGUGAAGAAAGAAAGCGUUGCAAACUUGUGUGUAGUGGCCACUGUGGCGAGGCACCGGCCGGAUAUCGUGGUGGUCUGCCGUGGGUCGCGUCUCUCGGCAUGGCAUCUGAAAGGCGACAGCACCUCACUGAUCGGCACGCGGGCUGUUGCGCCUUCGGUUCGUGCGAUGUGCAGUGCUGAGGACAAGGAUAACGCGGCGCUGCAUGUGUGGACGCUCGGAUCUGGAGGUUUCAACCUGUACAAGCUCGGGCCACUGCAUCGGGCUGCAGUGUUUCGCAACGACGCAGAGAAGCUGCUUCCACCCCUUAAAGUAGUGGAGAGAAAGAGCAGCUCAGCCCCCUUGCUGUCAACAGUUCCACCGCCUGCGUCAUCAUCGUCACAGCGGCGCCCCGUCUGUAACCCACGCGCACCUACCGCAUCGGCAAGCGAGAUGUCUAAAACACUGCUGGAGACCCGCAAGCAGCGCAGCACCGCAUCCGCAUGCGCCCCGUCCAGCCGCGAACUCAGUGACCGCUUUAACGAGCUGACCGGAUUCUACGCACGUCAGAAGCGCGACAGUCAGACGAGCUAUCACCCGCGCACCCCUCGCUCAGUUGGAACCUCUCGGCAGUCCCAGCCUUCCAUCAUCGCAGCCACAGAGCCGAGCGUCCUCUCCUUGCAAGACAACGGUGCACCAGCGCCGUUGGCCACGCCUCGCGACAGCAAAGUAGAGGUCCCCGCGAGCCCUCCGGCUACCACAAACUUGGCUGCCUCGGCGGUUGAUGUGUCGGAGAUGACCAUGGACUCCCAGGUGCUCCGAUCCGCGGUGGCAGCGGCAGCUGACGCAGGCGUCGAUGAUGAACGUUGUGCCGACGAUGAAGACGCAGCCUCAAAGAGAGGGGGUGCUGGCGGCCCUGCCGCGUGCCUUGACAGCCCACGGCAGCGGCGGGACACACAGCAUGCUUUUUCACGGCCGCUGCUGGAUGUAGAGGACGCCGUCGUGCGCAGCUCUACCAGCAGUGGAGACGCAAAGCCCUCCUUCCUUCCCGUGUGCUUGCAACACGAAGAGAGGCCGUCGGUGACUGUGAAGCCGCACAGUGUCCCGAACAGCAGCAGCAGCAGCUCCGCGGCGACGACGGAGCAGUUCACUGUGCAAGCCCGCCACCUUCGCGAAUCUCUGCUACACCUAAAAGAGUUGCUGGAGCAUAGCGACCUGUCAGACUCCGCAAGCAACGCAUCCUUUGCCGUGGCCGAGGAAGCGGAACUCGAUGAACUUCCCGCCCUUCUCACGGCAGUCGCGGCGCAGCUGCAGCUGCUCCAGGUCCGGCGAUCAGGUGAGCGUGCGAAUGCGAGCGCUACCAGGCCAUUCUCUGCAGCUGAUAGACCAAAGACCACACCCGACGCGUACGGGGCGGUGGCGGCUGAGCUUUCCCGCAUAAAGGCGCAGAACGCGCGGCUGGAAGAACAGAACCGCAUUAUCAUCACUCAACUGCGCGGUGGGUCGCACUAA